AUAGCGCUACAAGAUGUUAUGUUGUAUAAUUUGACGUUUGUUUACUCUCGUUUAUCUUAAAUUGAAUAUAUCAUUAAAGCUGCUGCAUAAUAUUAAAUCAUCGGUAUAGGGUAUUGCGUCGAUUUUAACGAGUAACUAAUUAUGACAACCAUGGACUCCGAUUCGGAGAGUCAGGACAGUGACGAUGGACGACGGUUUCGGUUUGAAGCCACCCGUAAAGAUAACGUGCGACCAGACGCAAAAUUAGAAAAACUGUCGAGAUCAAAGUCGGAACAAGAAUCCAGCCACAAUAAUAUAGAGCACGAAGAUAAAAAGGACAAAUUUAAACAUAAUUGUAGUAGAGGAGAACACAGACUUUCGAAAGAACGAGACGUUGAUAAUAGGGAUGUUAAAUAUUCUACCAAAUAUUCGAAGCAUUCUCUCGAAUCAAAAAACUCAAGGCGCGAGGACAACAAAGAUCAUAGAAAUGCGAGAGAUGUCAGCUCGGAUACAAAAUAUAAGACAAGAGAUACGAAACGGCACAAAAAUCGAGAUCGAAAUGAGCAUCGAAACAACAGGUCUCAAGAACGAAGUCGUAGCAGGAACGAGAAUGAUAGAUCUCAAAAUGACAAACAUAGAAGUAAACCUCACGAAAAGUACAAGCAUCAUACUCGCGAUAAAAGCUACCAAUCGUAUAAAAUGAGGUCGUUAGACCAUGGUAAGUUUCGAGGAGAAUCCGAAAGGCAUAGUACGCAUAAAAAGUUGCCGACGAAAGAAGACGAAGGACAACGCUUACAAGAAUACCCUUCGCCGAAGAAUGUAGGACAGGGUCAGAGCGGUAAUGAAUUACUAACAAAAAAAGAUUUUUCAGUGGAUAGUCAAGAGUACAAUGAAUUAAAUUUAUCUGAAUUUGAUAUUCUAUCGGAGACGGAUGAAAAUAUGUCGGAUAGUUCAGAUAUAAAAAGUAAGAAUUCAUAUUCACGGCAACACAAUACGAAGAAAAGACAUUUAAGUAACGAAUAUGAGAAUUCGUCAAAAAAGCAAGUGAUAGAAAUCAAACGCGUGGAAGGAUCGCCAAAGGUAAAUGCAAGGAAGAAUGACGCGUUAUAUGGUUCCAGUAAUAAUAAUUCUGGUACCAUUUCAGAUUCCUCAUUAGGUACCGCAUCGCCUAUACUGACGGAAUCAAGGCAAAACACAAUUGAUUCAAAUAAUAAGGAAGAAAAUUUGACUUCUACUGUAAAAACUUCCUUGCAUCUUAAUAAUUAUGACACUGUAAAAGCAACAGACAUCGCAAUAUUCUCAUCUCAUAUGCAUGCUAAAAUAAAUACAACGUAUGGACCGAUUUUACCGCCGCAGUUAGCAACUAACAGUUCCAAUGAUACGAAAUCGGAAGGAGAUACACAUUUUAUAGGACCUUGUUUACCAAAGAACGAUGCACAGGAAACAAGUGAAAAAAACGAAGAAGACGACACAUUGAAUAAUAUUAAUGAAAGCAAUGUAAUGCAAGAAGAUUCUGCCUCAGAUUCGGAUAUUAUUUUUGGUCCAGCAUUACCACCGCAUUUACUAAAGACGAAAUGUAACAACGAUGACGAAACAAAUACGAAAAUCAUAGGCCCCACAUUUCCAAAUAACAUACAGUCAUUGAAUAAUAACGAAGUGAAUCAAACAGAAUCCGAAGAUGAAGAUGGGAUAGGCCCGUUACCGGCUAAUCAUCCAGCGCUAGAAAGUAACUACGUGUACAAGCAAUUGGAAGAAAGAGCGCAGCGAAUUAAAAGUGAACAAAAGGACGAGAAAUAUAGUACACUGAAUCAGCGGGAAGAAUGGAUGAUUGAAUUACCUCCGACUCAAACUAAUAAUUUAGGGCUAACUUCACGAAAAUUUAGGAUUAAGGAAGGUCCAGAUAUGUCUGACAGGUCAUGUUGGACAAAUAUUUUAUCCAUUUUAGGAGUCUGUGUAAUAUGCAACAGCAGAGCAGAUAUAUUAGUAUUCUCUGCAUCCACAAGUCAUCAAAUUGAAGAAGAAUUUAGAGAUAUGCCUGCUAGGUUUGGACGUUUGAUACCAUCUGUAGGGAUUAAGGGGUUGGUUGUGUAUGCAGAACCACCUACAGCAUGUCAUGAAAUACAGGGUCCUCCCAAUGGUACCAAUUAUAAAGGUCAAUGGAUAGCUUUAAUUGCUCGCUAUAACUGUAGUUUUGAAAGAAAAAUACGAAUGGCACAGAAAGCUGGAUAUGAUGCUGCAAUUAUACAUAAUGUAAAUAGCAACGAAUUAGAGCCAAUGUCUGCAAAAGAUCCUGUAGGAAUAUUAAUACCAUCUGUAUUUGUUAGUGAAAUCACAGGAUUGAUUAUUAAAGAAAAUUAUUUAUAUUAUGAGUUGUAUUUUGUAUUAAUCAAUGAUGUCACCCCAUUUAAUAUAACACAUUUACUCUUGCCUUUUGCUAUUGUUGUUGGGAUCUGUUUCCUAGCCAUGGUUAUCUUUAUGAUUGUUAGGUGUAUUAAACACAGAAGAAGACAACAGAGGCAUAGAUUACCUAAUUCAAGUUUGAAAAAGAUUCCUACACAUAAAUAUACAAAAGGUGAUCCGUAUGAAACGUGUGCUAUUUGUUUAGAAGAGUAUGUGGAAGGUGAAAAAUUAAGAGUUUUACCCUGUGCACAUGUUGAUACUGACGAUAGUGAUUCGGAUACUGAUGAUACGACACCUUUGAUUCGGGAUAGUCUUGAAGGUACUCAAGGUGGAACAUUCUCACGACAGAAUGCUCAUCUCUAUCCUAUUAGAGGACGGCGACUCUGGCAGGAUGUGAUUGAUAGUAGUAGUAGCAGCAGUAGCAGUAGUAGUAGCUCUGAUUCUGAACAGUCUUUUCGUGUACACGAUGAUGAAGUUAGCGUAAGUGCCAGAGAACUACCUAGCAGAACUGUUUUCAGGGCAUGUGAUGUUCAUAGCAUCAAUGGCGAGUUACCGGAGUUGGAACGUUCUGCGAGCAACACUGUCGUGAAUUUAUGUAAAGAUGCUCAAGAGUCUCCAGUCAAUCUCGUACAAAUGACAGAUACCUAUAUAUGGGUUCUAGCGAAUUCACAAACAUCAGAUUCUGGUGCGUCUGCCAAUCCAACUAAAAGUGAAGCUACAAACAUUGUUAACACGGAUUCUGAAAAGAAGAACGUUUCUGCAUAA